AUGGCUGAGACAUCUUCGUCUACGACAACUGAUAUGACUACAACGAGUAUGCCAACAGAAUUGGAUUUAGCUUUUAUUAUUGAUGCUACAUCUAGUAUGUCAUCAUACAUUCGAUCAGCUCAAGAGAAUAUGCGAAAAAUUAUUCAAGAUAUUAUUUUAAGCGAACGAUGUUUAUUGAAUGUUGCCUUGAUUCUUUAUCGUGACCAUCCUCCUCAAGAUCAUACAUUUGUUAUUAAAGUUCAUAAUUUCACUGAUGAUGCGGAAGAAGCAAAAAAAUGCAUUGAUGCAGCUGCUGCUUAUGGAGGUGGAGAUUUUCCUGAAGCCAUAGCACCUGCAUUACAUGCAGCUGUUUAUACUUUAACAUGGCGAAAAACUGCAGUUAAAAUUGCUCUUCUUAUUGCUGAUGCACCUCCUCAUGGCUUAGAGGCCCAUAGUGGUAAUUGGCCAGACGGUGAUCCGUCAGGACAUGAUCCAGUCGAAUGUGCUGCUUUACUUGCCGAACGUAGUGUAACUUUAUAUACAAUUGGUUGUGAACCAACAGCGACACCAUAUCGUGAUUUUUUUAUGGCACUUGCUUUCAAAACUGGUGGUCAAUACAUACCAUUGGCUAAUUGUGGCAAUUUAGCAUCAGUCAUUGUUGGUUCAGCAAAAGAAGAGAUUUCUUUAGAGAAGUUAAUAGCACAAGUACAUGAAGAAGUUAUGCGUGAAGCUGCUUUGCGUGGUGGUCCAGUGGAUGAAACUGAACUUACUCGUCGCAUACAUGAAGUGAUGCAAGAUGGUGGUGCCAAAGCACGCCGUUUGAAAUUAAACAAUCAAGAUGGAACAACAAGUAUUCCAGCACUAACACCUGCUGCUGAACAUCUUUCGACGCUAAAAACUCUAAAAGAAGUUCGAGAAAAGUGGGUACGCUACACCGGAUCGGUUGCAACUUCUGUCACGUCGACAUUUGGAGGAUUAUUCGGUUGCGGUACAAAAGUUGCAGCAGUUCCUUCUGUGCCAAUUAUCAAAAAAAGAAGUACACGUACCCGCAUCCGCACACUUGCCAUUAAAAAAAAACCAAUAAAACGAAAAGCAGCACCUGCAGUAAAACCUAUCAUCAAGAAAAAAGCUCGACGAGUAGUACCAAGUCGUGGUAGCCGACGAAGUGCUCGACUUGCAUUCAAUAAAGACAAAGAUGAGGAAGAAUCAACUGAUAGUGAAGAAAUGGACAUAGCAGCUCCUCCAGCACCACUUGUAGCCAAAACAGUGAAAAUAAAAACUGAAACACUAAAUAUAAGCUUAAAAGAUAAUGAAUUACUUGAUAUUAGUCAAACUCGAAGACUUGUUCGUAAAUGUGUUGCUCGUAAUAAACUUGAAUCCACUUGA